AUUCCUUUCUUUUACUGUCUAUGGAUGAUUCCCACGGUUCAUUAGCCUAGAAAUCUAGACGCACCCUAGCGGCAGCAAAUUAAUUUGCUCAGCCUGUACUAUACAUGUCAAUGAUAUAGGAUGGCCCGCCAGGCUACAUGUCAAUGAUAUAGGAUGGCCCGCCAGGCUAACGGUUCAUUGUAUAGGAAAAAGAUCAAUGAUACUUUUUCUGUGCUAGACUGUGCAUUAUCGACCUUUAACAACACUAUAUGUUGUAAUGUCUGUCUCUGUUACUAGUCAGCCGGUGGUAAAAAAGAAGCAGGUUAGGUUUGCUAGCAUGGAGGAUGACGAUGAUAACGAUGAUCAAGAGGAGCAUACACUGUUUGACAAGAGGAAAGACGUCAGGAAAGGUUUUAAAAGUAUGAUAAAAAGUAAUGUGAACAAGAAGCUAGCGAGUGCGGGAUUCGAUAGCGUUAAAAUAAUAAGUGGUGGUCGGGGAGCCAACGACCCCGGGGUUUGUGGACGCUGGAUGAUCACUUUAACACUUUGUGCAUCUUUCCUUGGACUGGUGGUAAUGUCCUGAUCCUGAACAUCUGGGGCAGCCAGGCAGGGCUUCACAUGCAGGCCUUGCACUUCAGCUUCGCCGCAGGGGCCUUCGUCUCGCCCAUCAUCGCCAAGCUGGUGUUUGGCAAGGACCACGCCAAGGCGGCCAACGACACAGUGGAGGCUUCCUCGCCCCUCGCCGAUAGAGUGGCCCAGACCCUGAGCUCGGCGCUGCACAUCUCACAGGGGCCCAUGUACGCGUACUUUGUGAUCGGGGCCUUGAUCCUGCUCAUCUCUCUGGCCUUCUUCAUCCCCUACUCCUGCGGCACGCCCUCCAGAGACAGAUCGCGCUCGGAAUCCGGGGCGCCCCUGGUUGCUAAGCAACACACCACCCUCGUCUGUCUCCUCGCCAUCUUCUUUUUCUGGUACGUGGGCGCCGAGGUGGCGUACGGCUCCUUCAUCUUCACCUACGCGAAGGACUACGCGCGCAUGAACCAGGCCGAGGCGGCGGGCCUCAACUCGCUGUUCUGGGGCACGUUCGCCGCCACCCGCGGGCUGGCCAUCUUCUUUGCGGCCUGCAUGUACCCUGGCACCAUGAUCCUGCUCAACUUGGUGGGCUGCACCUUGUCGUCGCUGCUGCUCACCCUCUUCAACACGAGCAGCCUGGCGCUGUGGUCCUGCACGGCGCUCUACGGCGCCUCCAUGGCCACCACCUUCCCCAGCGGCCUCUCUUGGCUGGAGCAGUACACGGCGGUGACGGGCCGCGCGGCAGCGGUCUUUGUGGUGGGGGCAGCGCUGGGCGAGAUGGUGCUGCCCGCCGUAAAAUUCAGAGGCUAAAUGUGCGCAGAUGAAACACGUGGAGGAGCGAUUUGGGAAGGACGCCAACAAGGAAGUCCUGCUCAUGUGCAUUGGCAUCACGUCCGCUGUGGGCCGUCUCAUUUUCUGCAGGGUGGCUGACUAUGUGCCGGGGGUCAACAAGGUGUACCUGCAGGUUACCUGAGGGACCGGCUGAUGAGCUACGACGUGGCCUUCUACCUGGCAGGUAUCCCCCCCCCCCCCCCUCAUCGGCGGGGCCAUGCUGUGCCUCAUCCCCUGGGUGGAGCGCCGGCGUAAGGCCCGCCUGGCCAAAGAGGCCAAGGAGAGUCCGCAGAAGAUGCUGGAGAAGAGGAGCAGCAGCGGAGGCCAGGGAGAUGUGAGGAGCGCCGAGCCCGAGUCUGCCAUCUAACACACGUCUGUGUUCCGCCAAGAAAUCACACACACUGACAUAUAUACAUAUACAUAUACAUACAUACAUAUGUGUAUGUUUGAUUAUGAAUAUGUAUAUAUAUGUAUAGACACGGGGCAUUCUUAAGAGUGAAAGGCUGUAUGGUUUUAUAUAAUGCCAAGCAUGAGUGAUUUGUGUUUACCAGUGUAUGCCUACUCAGUGUAUUUGAGGGAGAAAGAAACGUCUUUAAGCACCAAAACAUAUCAACGAAAAAGCCGAAGUGUGCAUUGUUAAUAUGAAUGUGAUCUUUGUGAGCUAUGCAUAGGACCGUGGUUUUCUAUCAAUCUUCCAACUGUCGAAUGACCUUGAGGUUGUAAGGUGGAAAUGAGAAAAACUUUAAUUUUUUUACAAGGGAAGAAUACAUUCUUUACCAAGGUGCUUUUUAAAUGUUUAACAAGCGCUUAUCUGACCAUGGAAAUGGCACGUCCUUGGCUGAGAAGCAUUGGCCUUUGAGUUGUAUGAGGUGAAUAAUGCUGUAACUGGCACGAGCCUCGCUUUAGUUUCUAUAUUUAAUGAAUUUUACUAUCCCUAAAUGUCAUUUUUAUGAAAUAGUGCAUGCUUAGGUUUUUC